AUGACGGCAGAACCGAUGGAUCCCGAGCUGCAGCCGAUGUCAAACAAAGCCUCGAAGUUGUCCAGCGUACCGAUAGAAACUCCGCAAGCAAUCAACUACGAAAAGGAGGUUGAAUCCGUCGAUUCAAAGACUCCUGAUAUCCAAGAUUAUCCGCACGGCGUGCGCCUGGCCGCUAUUGCAGUCUCACUCAUGCUCGGCAUGUUCCUGGUCGCACUCGACAACACCAUUCUUAGCACGGCCAUACCCAAAAUUACGGAUGAGUUCCGCGAUCUCAACAAGGUGGCUUGGUAUGGAUCAGCGUAUUUCAUGACAUUCGGCGGGUUUCAAUCCACAUGGGGAAAAUUCUACAAGUACUUCCCUAUCAAGCUCUGGUUUCUCGUCGCCAUAUUUGUUUUCGAGGUGGGCAGUCUCAUCUGUGGAGUAGCACAGGGUCCCACUACACUUAUCGUCGGACGUGCAAUCGCAGGAUUCGGUGGCGCUGGCGUAACCGUCGGUGCAUACACAAUUCUGGCAUUUGCUGCAGCUCCCGAAAUGCGUCCGCGGCUGCUGGGCUUGACGGGAGCCACGUAUGGCAUCGCAGCGGUACUUGGACCCCUAAUUGGAGGCGCGUUCACCGACAAAGUCACGUGGCGCUGGUGUUUCUACAUCAAUCUUCCGAUCGGUGGUGUUGCUGCCGCAAUCGUCCUCUUCUACUUCCAGGUUCCAUCACAUGCAAAACCGGCUCAAGCCACAUGGCAAGAGAAGCUCUUGCAGAUGGAUCUCAUUGGCGCGGCUCUUAUGAUCGGUCUAAUUGUUUCUUACCUUCUCGCGCUACAGUAUGGUGGCCAAACGCAUCCUUGGAGCAGUAGCGUUGUUAUCGGAUUGCUCGUCGGUUUUGUUGCCAUGCUUGUAGCGUUCAUCGCUUGGGAGAUCUUCCAGAAAGAACGCGCUAUGGUCGUUGGCAGAUUGUUCGCUAAGCGCUAUGUAUGCAUUGGCUCCCUCUUCAUGUUCUUCUUCGGCGGUGCAUACUUGGUCAUACUAUAUUACAUCCCGAUAUACUUCCAGAGUAUUUCCAACAGCAGCCCGAUCGGAUCUGGUGUCAAAAUGCUUGCCCUCAUCAUUCCUCUUACGAUCGCAGCUAUCGUGCAAGGCUUUGCACUGUCCAGAGUCGGCAUCGUACCUCUAUUCUGGAUUGGUGGUGGUGCAUUGGGAACGAUCGGAACUGGUUUAUUCUACACCAUGGACACUGAGACGUCAACCGGCAAGUGGAUUGGUUAUCAGAUCAUUGUUGGCUUUACCUGCGGCUUCGUGUUUCAGGUUGCUCUCGCCAACGCACAAGUUCACGCCACCACCGAAGACAUGUCACAGGUCAUGGCCAUCAUCAAUCUCUGCUUGACCCUCGGCGGUUGUUUCUUCGUCUCUGCAGCACAAUCCGCGUUCAACAAUCAAUUGAUCAAGGCUCUCGGUACAACACUACCCGAGAUCGACCCUGCCAUAAUUCUUGGAACUGGCGCGACUCAAAUUCGAGAAGCUUUCACGGCCGCACAAGUUCCCUUUGUGAUCGAUGCGUAUGUGACUGGGCUCAGGGCUGUCUUUGCGAUUACGAUCGCUGCCUUCGGCGUUUCCACGUUGAUUGGCCCUUUCGGUAGCUGGAAGAAACUCCACGGCGAAGACCUGAUGAAAGCGGCCGCUGGAGGUGCCUGA